AUGACGAAAGUCUGCGUAUCGUGAACGCACCCAAUGACUUUACGUUGCAAAUUUCUUGCCAUCAAAACAUUAGACUAGCACAAUUUUAUAAUGGACAAUCAAAACGUUGUAUAUGAUAAAAACAACACCCGCUGCCCUCUUUUUCUUACGAACUCGGACGACUACAAAUGUGUUCUGAUCAUCACAGUGAAGCGGGCGACUGCUACCUUCUCUUUAAUAAGUUGCUUUUUCAUGCUCUGUGUGAUAUGGCUGUUUCGGAAGUACAACUCACUGGCUCAGACUGUACCAUCUCAUGGCCUGGGGGUGCCUUUUGUGAUGUCGUGUCUCCCCCUCUUCAGAGACUACUACGGCCCAGCCGCUGUUUGGUGCUGGAUAACAGAUGAUCACAUAGCCUGGAGAUUUGGCAUAUGGUACAUCCCACUGUUCACCCUAAUUUUCUUGAUGACACUCUGCUAUGUCCGAAUCAUAUAUGUGGCCAAGGAACGGGUGCUGUCUUGGUCUGGAACCUUCAACCCAGAGAGAGAGUGGAGAAAGGUGUCGUUAGCUGAGGAGAUAAAGCCGCUCAAGUGGUAUCCGUCAGUGUACCUGCUGGUGUCCCUGUUUCCUCUCAUUAACAGGCUCCACAACGCUUUCAACCCCCUCCAGCCUGUGUUCUCCCUGACUCUUCUGCACGUUAUCUCAGCUCUGCUCCAUGGCCUGGCCAACGCCUUCGUGUUCGGGCUGGAUAAGGACACCUGGGGCCAGCUGAGCUUCACCAGCAUGCAGCUGGCGAUGCACUCCCGCUUAUGCGACAGGACGCUGAUAAAGGAGUACUGUUCGCUACGUGCCCCUGGCUGAGGCGGGCUCCUUGAAUUUGGGGGACGAUGAUGACGACGACACCACUGUGCUGUUCUACUCCCCGGCGAUGACUCUUAAGGACAGGGGGCCGUGAUGCUGGCUGCCCCCCAGAAGCAGCAUUACCACCACCACUGAGCUAGCUGCCUGUGUGUGGCCGCAGAAAGCAACAGCAGCGGAUGGGAGGACAGCCCAGGAGACACUGGAGACGAGCUGUCAGCCUUCAUUAUUAAUUCCCAGCUCUUAAUAUUUAAUGUCAUAAAACUGCAGCUCACCCACGCUUCUGCGGAGUCAUCAGACAUGCAGAGGACAUAUCAAGCUGAGUUCCGGAGAUGGAAAGCGGGGGGGGGGAGGGGUGGGGGUGAGAGUGCAGUGUGCGUGACUUGCUGGCUCCCAGAGCUUUGAAAGGGAUUGAGAUUUUUUUUUUUUUAUUCGUACAGUAUAUGGGGCUUCCCCAAUUGUUUAGUUCAUUAUGCAGACAUGUACAAAUAAUAAUCUUUUUUUUUUUUGUAAUAUAUAAACAAAUGUAGACAGUCUGUGAAUUUCAUUGUGAUAAGCAGACACUUUACAGAACAGUCAGUUUUCUAGAUUUAUAAUAUUCAAGAGAUAAGAAAGGCUUUGAUUUUGGCGUGCUGGAGGAGAGAUCCUUGAGAGUUUGGGGCAAUCAACCCUCCCCCUUCCCCGUUCUCCAAACAGCAGUGCGUUAAAGUAAACAGCUGCUGACGGGGCUACACAAGAUCUGUCAGAUCCCGACGUGCUGUUUUGUAAAUCAGAAGGUGCCGUUGCCACUUGAUUGGCAGGUUGUCCACAGCUGUCAAGCUUCGGAAGUUUAGUGUUAAGUGAGAACGUGUUCUACUCCCGAGCUGCAUCUUUGUGUACAGAUUCAUCUUGUAUCUGUCAGCAGGGACACUGACCCGCAACGGCCUGACCUCAUUUCAACCCUGAAGCCUUAUUUAACCAACCGCAGCAUGGGGGCAGGGGUUCCCUGGAGAUGAACACUCGUGGUCUCGUGCUAUAUAAUAACCAAUAUAUAGAUAAAUACAUAGAUUAGAGGGCAUGUAAAUCAAAGCUUAAAACACUCCUCUGCUUGUUUUCUUUGUUUUACUUACAAAUCAAAUGGGAAAAUGUAGCAAAGACCAAAUAAAAUUCUGUCAGCCUAUUUCUUCUUGUUUUUUUGUUUUCUGUUGCUGUAUGGCAGCUGUAGAGUGCUGUGCCUUAGGGGAGGGGAGGGGGUAAUAACACUAUUGCUUUGGACAUAAGAUGGCAGCCUAAAACGAAGGCAGCUUUGCACAAGCAGCAGCAGCAGCCUCUCAAGCCUCACACCUCAUUACUUUCCUAAUUUACACAUAACGCUUUCACAUGCCAGUCUAUUACUCAUUCAGGGAGAACUGAUUGAGUUAAAAAUGCCUUAGCCAGCAACUAGAAUCGCACAUACUGUUAGUUCCAAUUGUCUGGUUACCUGUUUUAUCUAAAAUUCAAAUUCUUAUAAUUAAGCAUUAUCAUAAGUCUGCUUUAUCGGAAAAGAAAAAGUACUUUCUUAACAGGGUUUUUCUUUUCUUUUUUUGCAUAUGUUUAGAAACCGUGCUUUUCUCUUUUAAAUAAAGCUGUGUAUUUGCAUAGUGAACCUAAAAAUACACAAUUUUGGGGGGUUUUAAUACAGCACUGCUAAAUAAUCAACAUAUUAUGAUAGGGACACAGAUUCGUACAAUUAAAAUAAGGCUUUAAGUAGUCUAUUAAAGCUGCCAUUUGUAGUACACAUUUAAGUAAUUUUAUAUCAUGCUCAAGCAUGAAAUCUUGCCCAGAUGUGCUUUCCUGUUAUUGGGGCAUAUUUUCAAAGUGCUAAUUGUAUAUAUGGAAAUGUUUCCAUAACUUCUGAUACACAGUAGUACUGUAUAAUACUACUAUACAUACCAGUCUGCUUAAACCAAGGUAUUAUUGGAUAGUUGUUGCUUUUCAAUCACAGUAUAACGCUAAUGAAACAAAAUGAUAAUGCAAAAACCUGUACAGUAACUGGGAAUUCAAUUUUCUGUAAUAUGUAAUUAACUUUGUAUGGUGCACAUAAAAUAAUCAAAUCUUGGGAUGUCAUAUGGAAAUAAUUAUUUCCUGUAUCACCGCAUGUGCAGUAAUUGGAUACAGUUUAGCAUUCGCAGCACCCUAGCAUCAAAGCGCACACUGUGCCUGCCACAAUCUGGCCUUGACGCUGAAUUAUUUUUGGGAGCUCGUAAAAGAAGCUGCAAACCCUCACGUGACAAAAGGAGUAAUAGGGGGGUCUGAAGAGAUUCACGUCAGCUGUUGGGAAUUAGCCUGGACCUGGUGCAUUACUGGUUAAAAUACAACAACUGGCAGUGACAGCGCAACAGGAAAACUGUUUUAAAUUGAAGCCCACAGCUCAGUAGAUAUGAAAGGCGCUCAGACUGAGCAGGAAGCAUUAAAUGUAUUGCUUUGAGGGGCUUGACUGCAAUUGUGCAAACCUCCUGGCACUGGCUGGAAAAGCUUGUGGGCGAGAGGGCUGCCUCAUAAA